AUGGUUUCAUCUAACACCAUAACCACUACAUCAAAAAAUAAAAAUAAUAAUAAAAAUAAUAAUAAAAAUAAUAAUAAUAACUUAACUAUAAAUGAUGUAAUUAAUGAUAUUUAUGAUGAAAAUGGCAUAGAUGGAAUAAAUUUUGAUUAUUUUUUAAGUAAAUUUCAAGAUAUUUCAAAAAAAACCAAUUCAUUUGAAAAAUUAGUUGAUGACAAUGGUGAUUUAGUACCACAAAAAUAUCAACCAUUAAAUUCUACUUUCCCAAUGUCUGAAAGCAAUUGUGUUCUUCAAAUGAAAUAUCUCUUAUGGAAGAAUUGUCAGUUAUUAACUCAAAAAGUAACUUCAAAUAAUAAUAAAGAAAAUGAUGAAAAUGUAAACAACAACAACAAUAAUAAUAAUAAUAAUAAAGGAAGUACAAUCGAUGAUAAUAACAAUAAUAGUAUCAAUAAUAUUAAUAAUAUUAAUAAAGAAGAAUCAACAAUAUCAAAUAAUAAAGAUAUAACAUCAGAUAUUUUUCUUAGAUUUCUAUUAGAUUUAUUAAAAGAUCAAAAUGAAAUUCUAAGAGAAAAAGGAUAUAAAUUAGUGAAAGAUUUCUUUUCAAAAGUUACCAUUGGCUCAAUGGCUCACUUUAAAGAAUCAUUAGUUAAUGAGGCAAUCUCAAUAUUCAUUGGAAUUAUUAAAAAUGAUAAAAUCGAUCAAUCCAAUAGAUUAGAUAUAGCAUCAUCUUUAAUUUCAUUGGUAUUGGCUAAAAAUGAUAUUAAUUUAAUCUCAAAAGUUUUAAAAUUAAUUUUAUCAUUUAAAUUCUUUACAAAUUAUCCAAAUAUUUUAAAAAUUGAAAAUGAAAAUUAUUUACCAUUGGAAGUAUUUAAAUUCAAGAUGGAUGGAUAUCAAUAUAAAUUUUCAAAGGAAUUUAAUGAAAAAGGUAAAGAAAAUGAUGAAUUUGUAAUUAAUAGUUUGGAAACUUCAAUAAAGACAAUUUAUUCAAUGACCUAUGAUGAUGGAUUUGUUUAUAUUCAUUGUAAUUUAGGUUUAUUCAAAUUUAGUUUAUCAUUGAAUAUGGAGUUUAAAUUAUGCGAUUAUAAAACUGAUUAUCAUACAAAUCCAGUUACAUAUGAUUUCAAUGAUCAAGAGACAACAAUCACUGAUAAGAUCAUAUUGGAAAGAUCUUGGUUAUUCAUAAUUGAUGAUCAUAUUUAUUUUAGAAGUUUAGAUAUGGAACAAGGUAUAAUCUCUGUAAUUAAUAAACAUACAUUUGAAGAGACAUUUAUGUUUAUUGAGAAUGAAUUAAAUCCAUUAGGUACAAAUCCUUAUACAUUAUUUCAAGAUUAUGAAUUAAAACAAAUUGGUAUUUUAGAAUUACCAAUUGGUUCAUCAACUCCAAAAAUUAGAUAUAUAAAAUUAACAACAACAAAUGAAAAUGAUAAUAAUAAUAAUAAUAAUAAUAAUAAUAAUAAUAAUAAUAAUAAUAAUAAUAAUAAUAAUAAUAAUAAUAAUAAUAAUAAUAUUAAUGGAAAGAUUACAAAUGAAUCAAUUUUAAAACAAGUUUCAUCAGAUCAUAUUGAUUUAUUUAAAAAUUUACAAUCUAUUUCAUCAGUAAAUUUAAAAAUAAAAGAUCAAGAAAAUUUAAAUUUAUCAUCAUUAUCAAAUAUUAAAUCAAUUUAUCCUUCUGAAAUGGGUGGUAUAUUUUAUUUAACAAAUUCAAAUGAUUUAUUUUUAAUUGGUACAAAUGGAAUUAUAAAUAAUCAAGAUAAUUUACCAACUUAUUUUAAAUUACCAAAUGAUGGUGAUAUAAAGAUAAUAGAAUUUUCAGAUCCAGAUUUUUAUGUUCUUGACAGUGAGGGUAUUUUACAUAUGUUGGAACCAGAUGGUUUCAAAAAGAUUGAUGUUAAUAAUAAUCCAAUAAUAGUUGAUAUUAGUGUAUCAACCCAAAAAUUAUUUUGUUAUACAAAUAAGGGUAAACUAUUAACCAUUGAUAGAUUGGAUCCAAAGGAUCAAAGAUCAUCCGAUUUACCAAUAAAUAUGACAAUUGAGGCAAUGAAAUCUUUUGGAUUAUCAAAAGAUACAGAUAUAUUAUUUUUAUUAUCAAAGAAUGAAGUCUAUAAAGAAACACAAUUCACUCGUACUAAAGAGAAAUGUGAAGUUUUAGCUGAUCAUGGUGAUGGUAAAGCAUCAGAAACAACAACAAUUGAAAAGUUUGAUACAAUCUUUGGUGGAUUUUCAACUUCUAUAUUAAUUGGUGAAUUACCAAAUGGUGAUGGUGGUGGUGGUGGUAAUUCAGUUUGUUUCAUAAAAGGUGAUAAUUCAUUUGGACAGUUGGGUUUGGGUGAUUUCAAAUCUUCAUUCGAUGUGUACAGACAAAUCAAAGAUUUACCAUUCCCAAUUGAAGGUACUAAAUUCUAUCCAAGUUUAACAUUCACAUUGGCUCUAACACUCGAUCAAAAACUUUGGUAUACUGGUAAUAUUAAAUCAUUGAAACCAGUUAAUCAAUUCACUCUCUUCAAUGAUAUCUCAAUAUUCAAUCCAGAAUUAGAAUCAAUUAAAGAUUUAAAAACUACUGAAUUUGGUUUCUCAAUCUUAAAAUCAAAAUUACCACAACUUUAUUAUCGUAGAUUCUUUUCAAGAAUUCAAUGUUAUUCUUCAAAUCAACAUUUAGGUAUUAUAAUUCCAAAUUAUUUAAAUGUUUGUGAAAUUUCUAAAAAACAACAACAACAACAACAAAAACCAAAUUAUUUAUUAUUUAAUAAAAAGACAUUAUCUUUUAUUUGUUCAAAUCCAAUUGAUUUACCAAUUAGUAGUAGUAGUGGCGGCGGUAGUGGUAGUAGUGGUGGUGAUGAUGAUGGUAGUGAAAUCGAAUAUAAUGAAAUGAACAGAUUUUAUCUCUCAAAAAGGUUAUCAUUUAGUUUCAAUAUUAAUAAGAGAGAUUCUUCAUUAUCAAUUAAUAUAUUGGAGAAUCAAGAAUCUCCAAAUUUACCAUUUCAUCCAAUUCAUUGCUUUAUUACAAAUCAAACAAAUUCACAAGUAACUUCAUUAUUAUCAUUAAAUCAAAUUUUAUAUCAACAACAACUACAACAAAAUAGUAGUAGUAGUAGUAGUAAUAAUAAUAGUUUAAUUAAAAUAAUUCCAAGUUUAAAAUCAGAAUAUUAUAAAUCAUUAAAUAGAGUUUUAUUUGAAUCUAAAGUUGCUUUAUCAAAGAGAAUAGCAUCAACAUCUGAAAUGACAACAUUUUUAAAGAUUAAUAAAUCAAUUUUAAUACAUUCUCUUUUAUUCCCAAGAUCAAGUCUAGUUGGUAAAGGUACAACUGCAUCAGUUCAAAUCGUUGGAAGUGAUGGUUUAUCAAUUAAUUUAAAACAAAAAACUGUAUCUCAUCUCUAUAAAUUGGAUUCACCAAUUUUAUUAUCACCAAAUGUACAAUACCAAUUCUUUGUAGUAUGUCAAGAGGGUCAAGCUACUUUUGAAACAAUUCCAACUGCCAAUGUAUGUGGUGUUGAAUUUAAUUUCUCAAAUAUUAAUAAAAGUACUCAUACAACAAAUAUUCUUGGUUUUGAAUUUAGUUUAGUUGAAAAUUCAUUUUAUACAAUAGUUCAGCAACAACAACAACAAGAUAAUAAUAAAUUAACAUUGGAAGGUUUUGGUUACUUAUUCGAUACAUUUACUACAACGAUCAGACAAUUCCAAAAUGUUUUCGAAUUAUCAGUAUCAUCAUCGUCAAAUAGUGAUUCUCUCAAUAAUAAUAGUUUAUUAAAAUUAAACGAACAAAAACAAGUAUUAUCAGAUAUCAUUUAUAAAAUUUCAAUUUUAUUAUCAAAUAAUAUCGAUUUAUUUGAAAAUGUAAAUAAUAAUAAUGACAAAGAAUGUAAUAAUAGUAAUAGUAAUAAUAGUAAUAAUAAUAAUAAUAAUAAUAGUAAACAUUUAUUGAAUGAAUUAUCACAAUUUAUUCAUCAAUUUUUUACAAAUAGAAUAAUAUUUAAUGGUAAUGAAAUUAAAGAUAAGGAACAAUUAUUAUUAAUUAAAUCAGUUCAAAAGUUAUUUGUAUCAUUUAAAUAUAUUUAUAAUAAUGAUCAAUUAAAGAUUAGUUCAAUUCCAUUGUUAUUUAAAUUACUUGAAUCAAAUAAUAAUAAUAAUGAUAGUUUCGAUGAUGACGACGAUGAUGAUGAUUUUGAAGAAAUGAAUAGUAUAGUUAAAGAAGAUUUACCAGGUAUAAAAUAUUUAUUAGCAAUAAUGAUCAAAUCGUUUGGUAAUUAUUUAUCAACUUCAAUUUCAAUUGAAGAAACUAGGCUAUUAUUAAAUCAACAAUAUCAAGAGGAUGCUUUUGCUAGGGAUAGUGUCGAUCAAAAUUUAUCAAUAUUUUAUGAUAAUGUUUUAAAUAUUCUUUUCACUUCAAAAAUUAAUAAAAAUAAUAAAAAAAAUAGUGGUAAAGAAAAGGAUAAUAGUGAUUCAAAUAAAAAAAAUGAAACUAUUCAAGAUGUUUUAAUUAGAAUUUCAAGUUCAUUCACUCAACAAAAACAAAAACAAAAACAAAAACAACAACAAAAUCAAAAAGAAGAGAAACAAGGAGAGGAGGAGGAAGAAGAAGAAGAAAUUAUUAAUGAUUAUAAAUUUGAAUCAUCAAAAUUAAUUCAAUGGUUUUUAACAUCAUUUAUAAAGGUUGAAACUCCAAUUGUAAAGAAAAGAUCACCAAAAGUAUAUCAAGUUGAAAGAUUUGGAAAUAGUAAUUCAUGUUGGAGUUAUAGUGGUUAUAAUAUUGAUGGUAUAUCAUUCACUUGUGAUAAGGAUAUUUAUGUUAAGGGUAUUGGUGUUUAUGGUGAUAAAGGAAAAUGUUCUUGUACUGCCUCCUAUGCUUAUGGUAAGAAUGGUGGUGAAUUAUUUACAAACCCAACCGUUUCCACUCAAUGGGGUAAUAAGGGUUUACAUCAUAUCGAGGAGAUUCUUUGGCCAAAUGAAGUUUACUUGAGACGUGGUCAACCAUUAACAGUUUUCAUUAAAUUCAAAGGUGGCUCAACUUCAAGUGGUAGUCGUGGUAAAUCAACAGUGACCGUUCAAGAUUGUAAAUUCACUUUCUGUGAAGGUAUCAUUAAAUCUGAUAAUGGAACUUCUGUAUCUUCUGGUCAAAUUCCAACGAUUCUAUUCUCUUUGGAGAAAUCUAAUGAUACCACUCAAAAGAGUAGUAUAAAUUUACAAUCUCUUUCAAAAGUUAUUGAUCCAAUUCGUUUAGUUUUUCAUUUCGCUCAAUCAACUUCACUCUCUUUAUUAAAAUUAUUAACUCAAUCAACCAAUAAUUACCAUCGUAUUAAUCAAUUGGUUAAAUCUUUAAAAUCUGAUUCAUUCUAUCAAAGAAUUUUACCACUUUCAAUUGAUUUAUUAGUUAAUUCAAUUUCAGGUAAUAAAAAUAAUAAUAGUAGUAAUAAUAAUAAUAAUAAUAAUAAUAAUAAUAAUAAUAAUAAUAAUAAUAAUAAUAAUAAUAAUAAUAGUAGUAGUAGUAAUAAUAAUAAUAGUGGUAGUGGUGAAGAUGAUAGUUCAAAUAAAAUUAAUCAAUUAUUAAUGCCAUUAUUUGAAGUUAUUACAAACAUUAAUAGAAUAUUUUCAAAUUCUUUAAAUGGUGGUAAAACUAUUGAAAACUAUAAUAGCGGUGGUGGUAGUGGUAGUGGUUCAACAAAUUCAGUACAAUUAAUUAGAAUUGAAAGUUCACAUCCAUAUGAAGAAACUAUUAAACAAGUUCAAAAGAUUCAAUUCCCAGAUACUACAAAAUGGAUGUUAAUUCAAUUUGAUAGUAGAUCAAGUACUUUACAAAAAUCUGAUAGAUUAUUGAUCUAUACUGAUCAUAAACAUGAAAAUUUAUUACGUGAAAAAGGUUUCUAUAAGAAAUUCCCAACCAAUUCAUUUUUAGUUCCUGGUAAUAAAUUAUUAUUUGAUUUUCAAUCAGCAUCUGCUUUACCAAAUGUUCCAAUUGUAAAUAAAUUUGGUUUUGCUUGUAAUGUUUAUGGUUAUGAAAUUUUACCACAACAACAACAACAUAAUAAUAAUAAUAAUGAUUUUGAUUUAUUAUCAUCAUCAACUUCAAUUAAUUCAUUAUCAUUAUCAACUUCAUCUUUAUCAUCAUCAUCACCAUCUUCUCAAUAUCCACUUUUAAUUUUAGAGAAUCAAUUGGCAUUUUAUAUUGCAAUCAAUUCAACUCAAAUAUUAUUACAUAGUGAAGAUUUAGAAACUAAUAUUAAGUCUCCUUUGAUUCAUAAAAAAUUGGAUCAAUUUUUAGUAAAAAGAAAGAAAUUAAAGAGAGAAGAAGAAGCUAAAAAUCCAAAACCAAUUGAUUAUAGUAGUAGUAGUAGCAGUGAAAAUGAAGAUGAUGAAGAAUCUGAAGAUGAUUCAGAAGAAGAUUCAAGUGUUGACGAAUCAUCGGAAGAUGAUAAAGAAAAGAAAAAGAAAGAUAAAAAGAAAGAUAAAAAGAAAGAUGAUGAUAAAGAAGAUGAUGAUGAAGAAGAUGAAGAAGAGGAAGAAGAAGAAAAAUCAUCAAGUGAAUCAGACUAUUCAGACUCUGAUGAAGAUGAAGCACAAAAGAUUAGACGUGCAGAUGAUAAAAAAAAGAAAUUAAAAGAAGAAAAGAAUAAAAUUAAAAAGAAGGAAAAUAAAGCUCAACAAGAAUUAAAGAAAUUAAUUAAAGAAACAAAUAAACUUGAUUUACCAAUUCAAGAUUUUCUCAUUUUUGAAGAUCAAAAUGAUCAAAAUGCUCAAGCCUCCUCCUCCUCCUCAUCGUCUUCAUCAUCAUCAUCAUCUACAACUAAUGCCACUGAAAAAUCAAAUGAUCCUAGAGUCGUAAAGAGCCAAUUAUAUUUCCAAAGAAUUUGGAAUCGUAUUAAAGAUAAUGUCGAAUAUGAAAAUUCAAAAACAUUUACAAUUAAAUCAUCAGAGGUUAAAGAUGAUUCAAAUGAUGAAGCAACAGGUUCAUCAUCAUCGUCAUCAUCAUCAUCAUCAUCAUCAUCAACAACAACAACAACAACAACAACAACAACAACAACAACAACAACAACAACAACAACAACAACAACUAAUGAAAUAUUUGAAUCAAAAGAUUUUAUUGAUGGUACAGAUAAUACUCUUGGUGGUAAUUUAUCAAAAUUCUUUUUAACACUUGGUUUACCAAUUCCAGAGAAUAAGGCCGAGGAUAAAAAAGAAAAGAAAUCAAAAGAUGGUAAAUCAAAGGAUGGUAAAGAGAAUAAAGGUGAAGAUGCUAAACAAAAAGAUGAAAAAGAUAAAGAUUUAGUUGAUGAAAAGGAUAAAUCAAAAAUUCAAAUUAGAUAUGAACUUUUAUUAAAUAAAUUCCCAAUUGAAAAUGAAAAUUUCCUUUUCAAAGAUAAACCAGUUGAAGCCUCAUCAUCAUCAUCAUCAUCAACUACUUCUACUACUACCACCACCGAUUCUAAAUCUAAGAAACCAGCAUAUAAAGUUAAAAAAAUUGUAGAUUUAGAAGAUGGUGAAAACUAUCAAGAUAAUGAAAGAGAUGUUGCCUCUUCUUCAUCUACUCCACCACCACCAUCAAUUUCAUCACCUUCAAAACUCUCUACUUCACAAGAAGCAUUAGAGAAUGAGCAUGAUAAAGAUUCAAAGAUUAUCACUAAAAAAUUAGCACAAGACAGAAUUAAUCAAAUUAUUAGAAGAAAGAAAUUCCUUAAAAAACUUAUAGCUCAACGUGAAAAAGAUUAUAAAAAGCUUAAACAAGAGAAGAUUGACAAUGAUUCUGAAGAUGAUUCUGAAGAUUCUGAUGAAUCCUCUUCAUCAAGUGAAGAAGAAAAAAAGAGUUCUGAUUCUGAUUUCGAACUCAUCGAUGAAAACUCCUCUUCUGAUGAAGAUGAUAAAAAAGAUAAUAAAAAAGAUGAAAAAGAUGAAAAAGAUGAAAAAGUAAAAAAAGAAAAAGUAGAAAAAGAAGAAAAAGAAGAAAAAGAAGAAGAAGAAGAGGAAGAAAAAUCUAAAAAAGAUAAUGAAGAAACAAAAGAAGUAGUAUCAUCAUCAUUAAAUGAAGAAUUUGAUAAAGAUGAUAAGAAUGGUAAAAAACCAAUGUUACCAAGUAAAGAUUUAACUGAAAGCUCUAUUACAAAACCAGCAUUACCAAAAGAAAAUUUAUCAGCAUUUGUAAAACAAAGUGAAUAUUGUAAAAUUUCAAAGAAAAUCUUUUUAGAAUUAAUUAGAAUUAAUAAUGUUGAUGAUGAAUUUUUAAAGGUAGUGAACAACGUUUAUUUCAAUCAAAAAUUACCAUUCACAGAGUUAUUAUAUAUUGAAUCAUUUAAACCUUUCAUCUUAUUGUGGAGAAUUAUUCAAGCGAGAAUGAAUUCAUGGGCAGAUUGUCAAGAUUCUGAUAUUUACAGAAUUAAUUUAUUUGAUGAUGAGGAUGAAAAUGAUCCAUCAAUGGAUGCAGAUGAUAUUUCUUUUGAAAAAUUAAAUCAAUUUAUGAAUCUUUUAUCUCAUUUAACACCCUAUGAACAACACCAACAACAACAACAACCAUCAUCAUCUUCUCCAAUUACCCCGCCACCACCACCAACAUUGGUUAAAUCAACUUCUUCAUCUAAAAUUUCAAUAAAUGACGAUGAUAAUCAAAAUAGUAAAUCAAUUAAAUAUUCAUUUGAAGAGUUUAUGAAUCCAAGUAAUAUUAAUCAAAGUCAAAUUGGUUUACAAUUUUAUACUAAACACCAAAGUUCUGGUGCAUCAUCAUCGUCAUCAUCAUCAUCAUCAUCAUCAUCAUCAUCAUCAUCAUCAUCAUCAUCAUCAUCAUCAUCAUCAUCAUCAUCAUCAUCAUCAUCAUCAUCAUCAUCAUCAUCAUCAUCAUCAUCAUCAUCAUCAUCAUCAUCAACAUCAUCAUCAUCAAAUAACAAUAAUAGUAAUAACAACAAUUCAUCAUCAUCAUCAUCAUCUUCACAAUUACAAUUACAAUUACAAUCAAAUAUUCCAAUUAAAUCAAAAGUUAAUUUAGUUAAAAAUUUAAAUGAAUCAAAUAUAACAAUUGGUUUAUUAGCAUUAUUAGAUGAAGAUGUUGUACCACUUGAUUAUAAUUCAGUUAUUCCAAAGAGAAAAGGAGGAAAAUCCACUGAAAUUUCAAGUGAAAAGGUAAUGGCAUUAAAUUCAAUUACAAAGUUAAUUCAAAUUUCAGUAACACCAUCUUCUUUGGAGAAUACAAUUUGGAUAUUGGCAUCAUCAUUACACUCUAAACAAGCUUCAAAAGAAACAUUACCAGAUGAUUGGCAAGGUAAAGUUGCUCAAAAUCCAAUAAUAACCUGUCAAAUCAAAGAUGGUUGUAAGAAAGAGUUUACCAAUGCUUUCCAUUCACUCUUGGCAACUCUUAGUGAAAAAAUUAAAAAUGGUAAUUACUCUGAUUCAAUCGUUUUAAAUUCCCUCUUUUGUUUCUCAAUUUUCCUUUUACCUGAUGAUAUUAGAUUUGUGCAAAAUAGUGAAAUCUUCCCAAUGAUUUCAAAGAUUUUAUCACAAAUGCAUUCAAGUAGCAAUAAUAAUGAUUUACCAUCAACUUUAAAUACUCCACAAAAAGUUGGACCAAUUAAAAAUUUAAAGAUUACUACAUCACCAAUGGUUAUUGCUUCACCAAAAGGCAAAGAGAAAUUAAUUGAAUCUUUAGUUCAAUCUGAUGAUAAUAAUAAUAAUAAUAAUUCUUCAGGUGGUAGUAGUUCAACAUUAAUUUCGCCAUUAUCACCAAAUAAUAAUAAUAUUCCAACUAUAACAUGUUCAAAUCCAACAACAACAAUAAUUAUUAAUAAAUCAAUUAAAAGUACAAAUUAUAUAAAUAUUUCAAAUAAAUUAAUUGUUCAAUUAUCAAAGAAUCCAGAAAUGUUAGCAUCAUUAUUUGAUGAUACAACCAAUACAUUUUGGGAAGCACCAUCGAAUAGUUCAAUAACAAUUAAAAUGGAACCAGUUAGAUCUAUUUAUGAAGUUUGUGUUUAUAUUGAUAAUAGUGCACCAGCUAAUACUGUCUCUUUUAUUAAUUGGAAAGCUGAAGAUGAACAAAACAUUUCAACCGUUGGUAAAUUUUAUCUUACAAUGACUUCAAGUUGGUUCACAAUUCCAUUCAAUGGUAAACAAUUAAAAUCGGUUCAAAUGAGUUUUAUUGGUGGUGAUUCAAUUAGAGUUAGACAAUUAAGAGUUUUAGUUACAGAUCCAGAGAAAGAAGACGUUACUUUGAAAAAUUAUCAAAUCUCUAAAUUUGACUCAACCGUUUCACUCUUAAAGUUAUUAACUUUCCAAAUAUUUGGUAUUUCAAAUGAUAAUAAGAAAAUCUCUAAAAAUCUAAAAGGUCAUAUUCAAAAUUUAUUAUCAGUAUCUGGUGUUAGUUCAAUUCAAAGACAAAUCUUCUCUUUAAUUUCAACUGAAGUUCAAAAAGAAAUUAAUCAUUUCAUUUCAAUGAUUAAUGAUCAAGAAAUUGAAGAAAAUGAAGAAAAAGAAAAUAAUAAAGAAAAAGUUAAGGAAAAUAAAGAUAAAGAUAAUAAUGAAAUAGAAAAGAAAAAAGAUGAAAAUAAAAUUCAAGAAAAAGAUAAUGAUAUCGGUGGUGGUGGUGGUGAUGAUAAUGAUGAAGAUAAAUUAACAAAAUCAAAAUUACAAGAUAAUUAUUUAUGUGAAUUAUUAACAACAUUACAAACAUUAUUUGAAAGUGAAGAAGGUAAAUCAUUUGUACCAUCAAAAGCAAUGAUGUUUUCAUUAUUAUCAAUUCUUUAUCGUGGUACUGAAAGAACUCAACAAUUGGUAAUUUCAAUUUGUAGAUUAAUGAUUGUAAAUAUUAAACCACAAAUAUUUGAUGAAUUCCUAUUGGAUCAUGAAUCACCAUUAUUAAAAGGUUCAACAUUUGCUCAAUUCCUUUUAACUUGUAUCACAAAAUCAUUAUCGGUUCAAGUGAAAACCAAUGGUUCAUUACAUACUACAGAGUUUACAUUUGAUAAAUCAUCUCAACAAUUGGUUAAAGGUAUUAAAGGUAUUGUCACAUUGGAGAAUGCAAAGGAAUUAAUACGUUUAGUGAAACAGUUAAUCAUUAAAUCCUCCUCUUGGAAAGAGUAUUUACAAUCCAAUAUCAAUUUAAUCCUAUCUAAUAAGAUUAAAAAAGAAUUUUCAAUAACAAGUGGUAGUAGUGCAGCUCAAUUAUUGAAUGGUUCUCAUACACUUUGGUUAUCUUUGGCAUGUUUAUUGGUUGUCGCUGAUGAUGAUGAUUUCAUUAAAUCUUUGAAUAGUACCACUCAAUCUGAGACUGAAAUUAAAACUUGUCAAAAUCAUGAUGAUGGUCAAACCGAAGCUUUCUAUCAUUGCCAAGGUUGUAAUCUAAAUCUUUGUAAUGAAUGUGAUAGAUUCCUUCAUCUUUCAAAGAAAUUCAGAGAUCAUAGUCGUACCAAUUUAGAUAAUGAAUCAUUCACCAUUGAGGUACGUGAAUCUUGUGUUCGUAUGAAAGUUUCCUCAAAUUUGGUUGUGGUUGAUAAAGAGAAAUUGAAAGCAAUCGUUCAAUCGGUUAACAAUAAUAGUGCAGAUCAAUGUAGAUUCUGUAAAUCGAAAUUGGAUUCUCAUAAUCUUUUACCAUAUGAUGGUAUUUCAAGUAUUUGUUCAAAUCAAGAAUGUAGAGAAAAGGCAUCCUCCUCUUGUAUUAAAAUUCAUCAAUGUGGUCAUAUUUGUUAUGGUAUAAGAGGUGAAGAAGAUUGUUUACAAUGUUUACAUGGUUGUGAAAGUGGUGCAACCGAUAAAAAGAAGUUAACUCAAGAUGUCGAUGAUAUGUGUAUGAUUUGCUGGACUGAAUCAUUGGUUGAAUCACCCUCAAUUCAAUUGGAAUGUGGCCACGUAUUUCACCAUGAUUGUACCAAGAAAUUGAUUGAAUCACGUUGGAAUGGUCGUAUCGUUUUCAAUUGUUUACAAUGUCCAAUCUGUAAACAAGCCAUUAAACAUCCAUCAUUGAAAACUUUAACCAAUGAAAUUGAACAUAUUCGUGAUGAAAUCAUUCGUAAGGGUAAACUUCGUAUAGAAUAUCAAAAUCUUAAUAACGACCCAUUGUUAUUGGCUGGUGGUAGAUUCGAAGGUCGUCCAGAUGAUUAUGUUUUGGAUCAAUUCUCUUAUUACCUUUGUUUCAAAUGUAAACAACCUUAUUUCGGUGGUCUAAAUCAGUGUGCUGCUGCUGCCGCUUUACCUUCAAACUUUAAUCCUGAAGAAUUGAUUUGUGGUGGUUGUUCCUCUGGUGAUGAUCCUCAAUCCAUUUGUCCAAAACAUGGUAAAGAUUACCUCGAAUUCAAAUGUAGAUACUGUUGUUCUGUGGCAGUUUGGUUCUGUUUUGGUACCACUCACUUUUGUGAUACUUGUCAUGAUAACAAUGGUAGACUCACUGCUCAAACAAAGUUUGGUCAAUGUCCUUUAGGUCCUGGUUCUGUAGAAUUACCAAAAGGUCCUUGUCCUUUAGGUUUAAAGAAUCAUUAUGAAGCUGGUAAAGAGCAAGCUUUAGGUUGUGGUGUUUGUCGUAAUGUUAAAGACUUUUAA